ACAUGCCAGAAAAUAAAAGGCUGGAAGUCGAACUUUGCAUUCUAUCUUCUCCAGCUCAUGGCAAUAUUCAGCGUUCUUAGCUACAUCGGAUCAUUGGUGUAUUACAUUCAUGGAAUUAUUCGCAUCGAUUCACCUGGACUCUCGAGGGUAACGGGAUCCAACUAUCUCGGCAGCUGUUUCGCUUUCGUAAUCGCCAAUUUGUGUCUCAGUGUUCACCGCCUAUUCUAUACUCUGCUUCCGCUGAAAUCACCCUUUAUUCUUACGACGACAGUUGAAAGGAUAUGUAUCGCUUCUAUUAUACUUUUCUACAUCGUGUUCAUAGCGACUACAAUGUCGCCGUUGGCAUCUGUGGAAUUCUGCCCUGCUCACUUUUUCUUCCGUUAUGAUCGAACAACUUCAUUGAUGAAUCUACUAGUUAAUAAUAUGAUUGGUGUAGUGAAUGUGACAACUUACACUAUCAUGUUUGCAACAUUGUUUGUCAAAGGAUCACUUACCUUCAGAAGGAACAGCGAGAUACGCAUGACUGCCCAGGCAGCAUUAGUAUCUGCAUGCGAAUUGGCCUUUUUUCUUUAUUGGAGCUGUACACCGAAAGCUGAACUAUCCUGGCGAUAUGCUCUGGACAGCUACACCGUGCUUAUUUUCUACGACGUUCUUAUCCUUCCUUAUGUGAUCUUCAAUAGGACCGUCAGAACAGAAAUGAAGAACCUUUUUUGCAAACAAAAAUCAAGAACAUCGACUGUAUCCUUCCUUGAUCAGUCAAGAAUAUAUGAGGAACAAAAAGUGGGACCCGGCUACGUUAGCAAGUGCGUCAGCAAGCUGAACUAUCCUGGCGAUAUAAUCUGA